CUGCGGAGCGCUAAGACUCAAAGCCCGCAGAGGCAAGAACAGGACGUCCCAUUCCCCAUUCCCCGCCUGACUCUGAGUAUCAGGGUCGGGAGAAGGGACAAGGGAGCCUGAACGGAGCUGGACUGGGUGGGCCAGUGCUUUAAUCACCCGGGUGAAGACGGGGCGUGGAGAGGAGCUGGCAGACGCGGUGGCAGCGCCAGGCGCACUGGAAGUGCAGGGGACGCGCCCGCUGACUUGCUGGCCGCGCCUGUAACCUCUCUUUUCGGCUAAGAACAUAGGCGGACGAGUUCCUGAGGAGCCCACGGAACUGGCUAAGCAAAGGAGACUAGCCCAUGGUCUCCAUGAUCCUCCCAUCCUCUGCUCUUUUCCUCGUCCGCUCCAUGCUCAAGAGCUGCGCUCCGCAGCCAGGGCGAGGAGAGCCAUGGAGGAGCAGGGAGUUCAGUGCGCCCCGCCGCCUCCUACCUCCUCCCAGACAGGGGUACCUCUUGUCAACCUCUCACACAACUGCAGCGCCGACAGCUACAUUUACCAGGACUCCAUCGCCAUGCCCUGGAAAGUCCUGCUGGCUGCACUACUGGCUCUCAUCACCUUGGCCACCACGCUCUCCAACGCCUUUGUGAUCGCCACGGUAUAUCGGACCCGGAAGCUGCACACCCCGGCUAACUACCUGAUUGCCUCUCUGGCAGUCACUGACCUGCUGGUAUCCAUCCUGGUGAUGCCCAUCAGCACCAUGUACACGGUCACUGGACGCUGGACACUAGGCCAGGUGGUCUGUGACUUCUGGCUGUCGUCGGAUAUCACCUGUUGCACUGCUUCCAUUAUGCAUCUCUGUGUCAUCGCCCUGGACCGCUACUGGGCCAUCACUGAUGCGGUGGAGUAUUCCGCUAAAAGGACUCCCAGAAGGGCGGCCAUCAUGAUAACGCUGGUGUGGGUCUUCUCCAUCUCUAUUUCGCUGCCACCCUUCUUCUGGCGUCAAGCCAAAGCAGAGGAGGAGGUGCUGGACUGUUUGGUGAACACCGACCACGUCCUCUACACAGUCUACUCCACGGUGGGCGCUUUCUAUUUACCCACCCUGCUCCUCAUCGCCCUCUAUGGCCGCAUCUAUGUGGAAGCCCGCUCUCGGAUUUUGAAACAGACACCCAAUAAGACCGGCAAGCGCUUGACCCGAGCCCAACUGAUAACAGACUCCCCUGGGUCCACGUCCUCGGUCACCUCUAUUAACUCUCGGGCUCCCGACGUGCCCAGUGAGUCCGGGUCUCCUGUGUACGUGAACCAAGUCAAAGUGCGAAUCUCAGACGCCCUGCUGGAAAAGAAGAAGCUCAUGGCCGCUAGGGAGCGCAAAGCCACCAAGACCCUAGGGAUCAUUUUAGGAGCAUUUAUUGUGUGUUGGCUGCCCUUCUUCAUCAUCUCCCUGGUGAUGCCCAUCUGCAAGGAUGCCUGCUGGUUUCACAUGGCCAUCUUUGACUUCUUCAAUUGGCUAGGCUAUCUUAACUCCCUCAUCAACCCCAUCAUCUACACUAUGUCUAAUGAGGACUUCAAACAAGCAUUCCAUAAACUGAUACGCUUUAAGUGUACAGGUUGACUUGCCAAUGGCAGUGGGGUCGCCUAGGCGACCUUUGGGGACCAAGUUGGGUCUUUCCACAGGUAGGUCAAAUCUUCUUUCCCUGUUACUGGGUAGAAGCAAGGCUCUCUCUCCUGGGCAAGGGCAAUGGAUCCCGAGAAUCCCGGCAGCUCUGAGAGAGCCCUCUGGAAGGGGAACUUCUCAAACAACUGCAAAGCAUCCAUGCUGAGGUUAACCUCUUCCCCUCAAAGUCCGGGCUCAGCACAGAUCCUCGUGCAGCCAAUCACACAAAAGGUUGCAACUUUUUAACGCUGAUGAUGGAUGGGGGAUCCCUGCCCCGUUUUAUAUCACGGACAUUGUCCUCUAAGCCUUUGGCACUUGUAGGUGUUGUCUGAAGCCUAUCUGAGGCAGAUCUACAUACAGCCUGGCAGUACUUGAACUAGACAAUUAAUACCCUAUGAUGUGGGGGAGAACUUUGUGUUACAGUUUAUUUUGGAACACUUCCUUUGACACCUGUCAGUCUUCAUUGGUUUAUUUACAUUUGGUUGGAGAAACAUGUGGAUUUGGUGCUUCAAACACUAAAUGUGGCUGGGAUGGCACAGAGCAACCUUGAAGGGUUAAAGUGAAAUUCUGAUGCUAAGAUCU